AUGGCACACAUUCUCUCUAUUUAUGAGCAAGCUUCAAGACAACAAGUAAAUUUGAGGAAGUCCAAUACCUCCUCUAGUUCUUCUCUUUCCCUGGAGGCGCGUGUAUCAUUAUCUAAUAUUAUUGGUUUUCCUCUAUCUGUUCCUCAUGAUAAAUAUUUGGGCCUUCCGUCUUUAAUUGGGCAUUCAAAGAAAGAUAUUUUUCAGGUGGUGAAGGAUAAGAUUGGAACCAAGCUUAAAGGAUGGAAAGAACGAUGUCUAUCUAAAAGAGGCAAAGAAAUUUUGAUUAAAGCCAUUGCGCAGGCGAUUCCUAUAUGCACCAUGUCAUGCUUCAAGCUCCCUUCCUCUUUAUGCAAUGAUCAGUACUUAGCAAGAUUUUGGUGGAGUGAUUCUACUGAUAAGCACGAGAUCCAUUGGUGGUCUUCAUAUCGGCUUUGUGAUCCAAAAGAUUUGUUAUUUGCAAAAGCCUGCAAAGCAAGCUAUUUUCCUUAUUCAGAUUUUUUGAAAGCUCUCCUUGGUUCUUCUUCAUCCUAUGCUUGGCGGAGUAUUUUACUGUCUAAACCUGUGGUAGAAAGAGGGGUGAGGUUGAGAAUAGGCAAUGGUGAAAAGGUUCACAUUGGAAUGGAGCCCUGGUUACCUCAACUUUACACCUUUAAGCCCACCAUGUCAAACAAGAUCAUUGAAACGACAUAG